CUACUCGCGCAUUUUUUCUUAGUUGUUUUUUCCGCUUGUUUUGUGUAAGUGAAGCCGCAUAAAGAAUUUAUGUUCUUUUAUUGAAGAGAAAAAAAACGGAAAAUAAUAAAAAAAAAAUUUACUAAAUACAGAAAAAUAGAAAAAAGCAAAAAUUUAAGUGUGAAGUGUUUGCAAAUAUUAAUACAAAUCUAAAUCUCUUUUGUUUUAAGGCAAAUAGUUGAGUCAAAUCAAAGAAAGAAUGAAGAGCAAACGUGAUAAUCAUAGCAAUGAUGAUGGCCCCCAUCCUGAUAAACGCAACCGUCGGAAUGAUGAUCAAGUUCGUGUUUUAAUACCCAGUAAUAUUGCUGGCGCUAUCAUUGGCAAGGGCGGUCAGCAUAUACAAAAAAUGCGUACUCAGUAUAAAGCCACUGUCUCAGUCGACGAUUCCCAAGGCCCCGAACGAACCAUACUUAUAUCGGCCGAUUUGGAAGCAACUCUUCAAAUUAUUACGGAAAUGUUGAAAUACUAUGAAGAGCGUGACGAUGAAUACGAUGUUCGUUUAUUAAUUCAUCAGAGUUUGGCCGGUUGUAUUAUUGGAAAAGGUGGUCAGAAAAUUAAGGAAAUACGUGACAAUAUCGGUUGUCGUAUCUUGAAAGUCUUUUCCAAUGUGGCGCCACAGAGCACAGAUCGUGUCGUUCAGACGGUGGGCAAAAAGACUCAAGUGGUUGAUGCUAUACGUGAAGUGAUCACCUUAACUCGUGAGACACCUAUAAAGGGACCGAUACACAAUUACGAUCCAUUGAAUUACGAUCGUAUGUAUGCCGACGAAUACGGAGGCUAUGGUAAUAUACCCGGUAGUAGUCGUCCCUCGCGUGAUGGCCGUCGCGGCGAACGUGGCAAUUACGAUCGUGGCCGUAACGAUCGCAGCCGCAGUGGUGGUAGACGUGACAAUCCCUUUAUAAAUCCUUGGGCGAAUGAUGAUGGCGGUUUCAACGGUGGUGGUAAUGGUUUCGGUGGCGGUAACUUUGGUGGUAGCAGCGGCGGUUUUGGAGGGCCAGGAAAUUUUGGCGGUAAUAACGGAGGCUUUGGAGGUCCUGGUGGUCCUAUGGGUGGUGGAAAUUUCGGUAGUGGUGGGUUUGGUAAUCAAGGUGGCAUGAAUAACUUCGGCGGCGGCAGUGGCGGUUUUGGAGGCGGUCCUAAUGGUAUGGGUGGCGGCUUUGGUGGCCCAUCCGGCCAAGGUGGCUUUGGCGGUAACAUGAAUUCUGGUGGAUUUGGUGGACCCAAUAACAUGGUUAACGGCAUGGGUGGCAAUAUGGGUAAUACAAGCGGCGGUGGUGGCAGUGGUGGCGGUUCUGGAGCAUUCGGACAGGGUCCUACUAAUAACAGUCCAAUUUCUGGCAAUUUACCAGAAGGUCACGAUCCCAAAAACAGUACUCAAGUUUCCAUACCGAAGGACUUGGCUGGUGCUAUAAUUGGCAAAGGUGGCGGCCGCAUACGACGCAUACGCAAUGAAUCUGGUGCUUAUAUAACCAUUGACGAACCUUUGCCAGGCUCAUCAGAUCGUAUUAUCACCAUUUCCGGUAAUCCGAAGCAGAUACAAAUGGCUCAAUAUCUACUACAACAGAGCGUCCAUGAGAAUCAGCGACGAAAUAUUUAAAGAGAUACACAAAAAAAAAUAAAUAAAUAAAUAAAAAUUCCUUAAAAAUUAA